AUGCGGCUCAGGACUCCAGAACCGUACCUGAUCAAAGGGAGUGACCCGGACUUGUCUAUAGUCAUGGAGAACGCAACACUGUCUUGGAUCAGACCUGAAGAACCGACAGAACCCAGCCAAGAGAUCGCAAAGCCCAUUUUAAAUAACAUCUCUUUCACUUUACCAAAGAUUGGAGAGAGAGGCCUGAACUUGUCGGGAGGGCAGAAGCAGAGGAUCAGUUUGGCCAGAGCCGUGUAUUCCAACAGAGACAUAGUUCUUCUGGACGACCCUCUCUCAGCGGUGGACGCUCAUGUGGGGAAACACAUCUUUGAACAAUGCAUCAAGAAGGAGCUGCGUGGAAAGUCUGUCGUUUUGAUCACUCACCAGCUCCAGUACCUGGAGUUUUGUGACAGCGUUUUGCUGCUGGAGGACGGAGCGAUUGUUGAAAGUGGACAUCACCAGGAGCUGAUGGGACUGAACCAGCGCUACACUCAGCUCAUCAGCAACUAUCAGACACAACAGUCCAAGACUCAGCGAGGAAACAUGGAGCAGUCCAAACACAGACUGCAGGAGGAGGCCGAACAAGAUGGCGGCGCAUGGAGCGGAACAGACCAAUCAGGUGAGCAGCUCAUAGAAGAAGAAUCCUCGACUGAUGACGCCCUGAAAUGGAGAGUGUACGAUCGUUACAUGAAAACCGCUGGAGGAUGGUUUGCUCUGCUUUGUGUCCUGUUUCUCCUGAUCCUGGUCAUGGGAAGUUCCACCUUCUGCAGCUGGUGGUUCAGUCACUGGAUUUCUCGCGGAAAAAUUCGGCAACUGAAGCAAAUUGAGAACAAAAGCCGAUCGCCGUGUAUCUCACUGACCACUUCCUCUCUGCAAGGCCUGAGCACGAUCCAUGCCUACAAUGUGACAGACAGCCACAUCCAACUUAAUGAGCUGAUCCCACUGCCUUUGAAAGGACUGGCCAUUGCUUACAGUGUGCAGGAUGAUACAUCUGAGUCGCCCAAACACUCUCAGAAUAUCACAGUUCCCCCAAACUGGCCGAUGGAUGGGGCCAUUACAUUCCAGAACUACAAGAUGAGAUACAGAGACAAGACACCGAUCGUUCUAGACGGGUUGAACAUGUCCAUUAAAGGCGGAGAAAAGCUCGGAAUUGUGGGAAGAACGGGCUCAGGAAAGUCCUCUCUGGGAGUGGCUCUGUUCCGCCUGGUGGAGCCCACAGAGGGGUCCAUUCUGAUCGACGGAGUGGACAUAACAGCCAUAGGUCUGCAUGAUCUGCGCUCCAAACUGUCCGUCAUCCCCCAAGACCCAGUUCUGUUCAUCGGCACUGUCAGAUAUAACUUGGACCCCUUUGACAAACACAGUGAUGAUGAAGUCUGGGCAGCUCUGGAGAAGACCUGCAUGAAAAACGUUAACACAAUCAAAGAGGCCUUCCAGGACUGCACCGUGUUGACCAUCGCACACCGCAUCAACACCAUUCUGACCUCGGACCGUAUCCUGGUCAUGGACCAGGGACAGGUGGCAGAACUGGACAGACCAGACGUGUUACAGCAGAGACCAGACUCCAUCUUCUCUUCUCUGGUGGAGGCGGCCAACGCUUCAAGUCACUGA